AUGAUGACAAAGAGGUUGAAACAGAGGAGGGAAAGUCGGCGAUGUUUGAAAGGUGGAGGAGUCACCACAAUAUGCAGGCUAUGCGCGACAAAGACAAAAAAAAAGCAGUACGAAGCGUUCAAGGCUAACCUGGAAAUUGUUCACUCGACAAACAAGGCGAAGAAGUCAUAUAAGUUACAGAUGAACAAGUUUGCCGGGAUGACUAACGCCGAGUUUAAGAGCAAGCAUACUGGAUUGAAGGCUGCUCCGAAGAUCCGGCCAGGAAAAAAGUUUGUCUCCGAGGCCGAGUGGCCUUCCAAUUUCAAGUAUCGUAAUUUCACUGAUAUCCCUCCCUCUGUUGACUGGACAGCCCAAGGUGCCGUCACCCCUGUCAAGGAUCAAGGACAAUGUGGAAGUUGCUUUGCGUUUGCAACAGCAGAUUCAAUCGAAUCGUUACACUGGAUCAAAACAAAGCAGCUAGUAGAAUUAUCACCAAAAGAAAUUCUCGACUGUUCUUCUGUUAGUCCAUAUACUAAUAUAGGAUGUGACGGAGGGAGAAUGCACGAUUCCUACCAGUACGUCAUAGAAAAUAAAGGUCUAACUACAGAGAAGAACUACCCGUAUACGCCUGAGUUUGGGACUUGCAACGUCAAAAAGGAGAACGAUAUGGUGGUAGAAAUUCAUGGAUAUGAGCAGGUGCCUUUUAAUCAUGAGCAGUCUCUUAUGGCAGCAGUUGCAAACCAGCCUAUACAAGUUUCAAUUGAAUGUGAUGAACCUUUAGUAUUGUAUAAAGAGGGAAUUAUGAGCGCACCGUAUGGAACAAACAUUGGCCACGCAGUAUUACUAACCGGAUACGGUACGGAUCCUGAUGGAACCAACUACUGGAUAAUCAAAAACUCGUGGGGAGUAGAAUGGGGCGAGAAAGGAUACCUCAGAAUCCCACGUGGAGUUCCUGAAAAGGAGGGGUACGCCGGGGUAAAUAUGACACCUCACUAUCCGACCAUUGAAGAUCGUGGUAGUGAUCAUCAGGCAGGCGGCGACCCUAUUGUACAGGGUAGUAAAGAUCUCUAG